AUGGCACCGUCACAGGCCACUGCAGAGGUCACUGGAGAGGUCACUGCAGCGGUCACUGGAGAGGUCACUGCAGAGACCACUGCAGAGGCCACUGCAGAGGUCACUGGAGAGGUCACUGCAGCGGUCACUGGAGAGGUCACUGCAGAGACCACUGCAGAGGUCACUGGAGAGGUCACUGCAGCGGUCACUGGAGAGGUCACUGCAGAGACCACUGCAGAGGCCACUGCAGAGGUCACUGGAGAGGUCACUGGAGAGGUCACUGCAGCGGUCACUGGAGAGGUCACUGCAGAGGUCACUGCAGCGGUCACUGGAGAGGUCACUGCAGAGACCACUGCAGAGGCCACUGCAGAGGUCACUGGAGAGGUCACUGCAGAGGUCACUGGAGAGGUCACUGCAGAGACCACUGCAGAGACCACUGCAGAGGUCACUGGAGAGGUCACUGCAGAGACCACUGCAGAGACCACUGCAGAGGUCACUGCAGAGACCACUGCAGAGACCACUGCAGAGGUCACUGCAGAGGUCACUGCAGAGGUCACUGGAGAGGUCACUGCAGAGGUCACUGCAGAGACCACUGCAGAGGUCACUGCAGAGGUCACUGGAGAGGUCACUGCAGAGACCACUGCAGAGGUCACUGGAGAGGUCACUGCAGCGGUCACUGGAGAGGUCACUGCAGAGACCACUGCAGAGGCCACUGCAGAGGUCACUGGAGAGGUCACUGGAGAGGUCACUGCAGCGGUCACUGGAGAGGUCACUGCAGAGACCACUGCAGAGGCCACUGCAGAGGUCACUGGAGAGGUCACUGCAGAGGUCACUGGAGAGGUCACUGCAGAGACCACUGCAGAGACCACUGCAGAGGUCACUGGAGAGGUCACUGCAGAGACCACUGCAGAGACCACUGCAGAGGUCACUGCAGAGACCACUGCAGAGACCACUGCAGAGGUCACUGCAGAGGUCACUGGAGAGGUCACUGCAGAGGUCACUGCAGAGACCACUGCAGAGACCACUGCAGAGGUCACUGGAGAGGUCACUGCAGAGGUCACUGCAGAGACCACUGCAGAGGUCACUGCAGAGACCACUGCAGAGGUCACUGGAGAGGUCACUGCAGCGGUCACUGCAGAGACCACUGCAGAGACCACUGCAGAGGUCACUGCAGAGGUCACUGGAGAGGUCACUGCAGAGGUCACUGCAGAGACCACUGCAGAGACCACUGCAGAGGUCACUGCAGAGGUCACUGGAGAGGUCACUGCAGAGGCCACUGCAGAGGUCACUGGAGAGGUCACUGGAGAGGUCACUGCAGCGGUCACUGGAGAGGUCACUGCAGAGACCACUGCAGAGGCCACUGCAGAGGUCACUGGAGAGGUCACUGCAGAGGUCACUGGAGAGGUCACUGCAGAGACCACUGCAGAGACCACUGCAGAGGUCACUGGAGAGGUCACUGCAGAGACCACUGCAGAGACCACUGCAGAGACCACUGCAGAGACCACUGCAGAGGUCACUGCAGAGGUCACUGGAGAGGUCACUGCAGAGGUCACUGCAGAGACCACUGCAGAGGUCACUGCAGAGGUCACUGGAGAGGUCACUGCAGAGGUCACUGCAGAGACCACUGCAGAGGUCACUGCAGAGACCACUGCAGAGGUCACUGGAGAGGUCACUGCAGCGGUCACUGGAGAGGUCACUGCAGAGACCACUGCAGAGGCCACUGCAGAGGUCACUGGAGAGGUCACUGCAGCGGUCACUGGAGAGGUCACUGCAGAGGUCACUGCAGCGGUCACUGGAGAGGUCACUGCAGAGACCACUGCAGAGGCCACUGCAGAGGUCACUGGAGAGGUCACUGCAGAGGUCACUGGAGAGGUCACUGCAGAGACCACUGCAGAGACCACUGCAGAGGUCACUGCAGAGACCACUGCAGAGACCACUGCAGAGGUCACUGCAGAGGUCACUGGAGAGGUCACUGCAGAGGUCACUGCAGAGGUCACUGCAGAGACACAGCUCUGGUUUUACACACCACCUGCCUGCAUGUGGACUUGGCCUUCAUGA